AUGUACAGUUGUGGGAAUUUGAACUUUGCCAGAAGGGUUGAAUGUAACAAAUGCGGUGCUCCUUGUCCUAAUCCGAAUAAUUCUAAUGAACGUGGUGGAGGUGGUGGUGGUGGUUACAGUAGAGGAGGUGGUGGGGGGUAUGGUAACAACCGUGGGGGAAGAUCUGGGAACUACGAUGGAGGAAGAGGUAAUGACUAUAACAGUGGAGGGGGUCGAUCUGGUAACUACGAUGGUGGGAGAGGUAACGACUAUAAUAGUGGAAGAGGUGGUAGUAAUGAUGGUAGAGGUGGUUCAUAUAGAGGUAAUCAAGGUAGAGAAGAUGGUAGCUAUGGUCAAGCUCCAGCUCCUAAUGCCCAAUCUUACGGUGGAGCUGGUGGAAGCCUCCCACCCACGUACAAUUCUUAUGGUGGGAAUUCAAAUUAUGGAACUGAUGCAGUUCCUCCACCUGCAAGUUAUACUGGCGGACCUAAUUCCCAUCCUCCAUCCUAUGGAGGCAAUGCGGGUGGUUACGGGGGAGACAAUCAAGGGGAUGGACGUAGUGGUGGUAGAUCUGGGCCUCCGUCUGGGUAUGACAAUAGUUUUGGUGCUGGUAAUCGAGGUGGAUUUGGUGGGUCUCCUGCUGAGCCCCCGGCUGCAGUGAAGCAGUGUGAUGAGAAUUGUGAUGACACGUGUGACAAUUCUAGAAUCUACAUCUCAAACCUUCCUCCAGAUGUGACCAUUGAAGAAUUGAGGGAACUUUUUGGAGGCAUUGGACAAGUUGGAAGGAUAAAACAGAAGAGGGGCUACAAAGAUCAGUGGCCUUGGAACAUUAAGAUUUACACUGAUGAGAAUGGAAAUAACAAGGGAGAUGCUUGCCUAGCUUAUGAAGACCCUUCUGCAGCACAUUCUGCUGGCGGUUUUUACAAUAAUUAUGAUUUGAGGGGAUACAAAAUCAGUGUUGCGAUGGCAGAAAAAUCUGCGCCAAGAGCUCCACCUGCGUAUAACCAAGGGGGCAAUAGGGGUGGCUAUGGUGGAGAUAGACGCAGAGACAACUAUAGAGAUGGAGGUGGCUCUGGGCCUGAUAGGCGAGAUCAUUAUGGAAAUCGUUCACGUCCGUACUAG